CCCCUGGCAGGACUGCUUCAUCGCCAACAGCAUCACAGGCCGCAAGCUGGUCCAUGUGCACUGCCGCAGCCUGCUGCAGAUGGGCAUCACCAAUUUCGAGCACAUGAAGGAGAUUUCAAGGCAUGUGCGGGAGCUGCUGGGGAUUACAGAGCCCCUCUGGAGCAGAAGCAUUGCCCUCCCCUACAGGGACAACAUGGGCUUGUUUCUAGAACGCAAAGCCCCAACUGGCAAGACAGCAGAUGCCCUCACCUUCUCCCAGUUUGUCCGUGAAGCAGGACUGAAACCAUAUGCUAUAACUGCAUCUUUGCAAAAAGCCAAAACUGAUGUGAACGCAGACAAUCUCACCAUUUCCCCGUGCAUCCAAGAAGCAGAAACAGAGCCACAUGCUAUAAUUCCUCCCUCAAAAACAGAUCAAGCUACUGGACAAACCGAUUCUUUUGCUGUGUCUCUGGCUGUCCAAUCUUCUUCAUAUUAAAGAAAAGGUGCUUUACUACU